AAGUGUGUGUCCUUUACCCAGGGAUCCUCCAGCUGUCCUCCAGAAAUGCAGAAUCCCAGGAAGGAAAUGGUUGAUCAGCUGCACAACGUCUGUGCUCUGGGCGAUACUACUAAGCUGCUUGCUCUUCUAAGUCAUUCAUCCUCAAUCAUUAAUGAAACGGCUGAAAAUGGAUGGAGUGCUCUUAUGUUUGCAGCUAGGAAUGGCCACUUUGAUGCAGCGAGGAUGCUGCUGGAGAAAGGGUGUGACAGAACAUUAGUGAACAAAUCAAGGCAGACUGCAUUGGACAUUGCCAAAUUUUGGGGUCACAAGCACAUUGUUGAUUUGCUCACACAGUCUAAAGGUGGCCCAAAGCCUUACUUUUUACAAAAUGCCAAAGAGGAACAUGAAAAUUAUUUUAGCAGUACAUUUUUGGACCGAAAAAGUGAUAAACGGACAGACAGCAACUGGUUAAAAUACAAACAGACACAGGCCAGUUCCAUCUACCUUAUUUUCUCCAGCUUGAGUCCUUUAGUAUCUUUAAUUGGGGCUAAGGAUAGUGUACAGGAGCCAGAAAUCAAGCUCUGCAGACUACAGUACGAAGAUGUGAAAGAAUAUCUGUCAAAGUCCGAUGUGGUCUCAUUAAUUUUUCUUGGUGUAGAUAAACAAGUCAAUAAUCCAUGCUCUACAGAAGCCGAGAAACGUGGGACAGAAGAGGAUGACGGGCUGGUUGCCUGGUUUGCUCUUAAUAUGAACAAUAUUUCUGCAGAACAGUUUUAAUCCCCCAUAUAAAGAAAGUAUGAAAGCUGCUAUUUCCUCCAACCUCCAAUGCCUGCCUUGUUGCAGCUGACCAGUACAGAAGCAGGGAUUCUAGCACAAGCACGAUCAAUGUUUGCUUGGCACAGUCGAUACAAAUUCUGCCCAACCUGUGGAGGAGAGACCGUUGUUGAGGAAGGUGGCUAUAAGCGGACUUGUUUGAAAACCGGAUGCCCUAGUCUGCAAGGUGUCCACAACACAUCCUAUCCAAGAGUAGAUCCUGUUGUAAUUAUGCUUAUCAUUCACCCUGAUGGAAACCAUUGUCUCUUGGGGAGGCAGAAGAGAUUUCCUCCUGGCAUGUUCUCCUGUUUAGCUGGAUUCAUUGAACCUGGAGAAACCAUAGAAGAUGCUGUUCGGAGAGAAGUGCUAGAGGAGAGCGGAGUUAAGGGGUUACGUUCAGUACAUUUCAUGCCAGCCUUGGCCUAUGCCUUCCUCCCUGAUGAUUGGUUGCCUGGGUGUCGCAAUAUCUACAGAUAUUACAGUUGACAAGAUUGAAAUAGAAGAUGCUCGUUGGUUCACCAGAGAACAGGUUGUAGAAGCUUUGGUCAAAGGUAACCAGCAAAGUUUGAUUGUACCACCAAGGAAAGCUAUUGCUCAUCAAUUGAUAAAACAUUGGAUUGGAAUGAAUUCUAACCUAUAA